CUUUUCGACAAAUAUCGAGGGUUGGAGUAGAGCCCACAUAUUCAAGUCUGUUCUUAUCCUUAUUCCCCCCUCUCCUCCGAAUCUUCCUUGGCAAGACUCCUCCGAUCCAAACACCUCCUGGUCCCUCGGUCCAUCCGCCAUGGCAUCGCCCGCCGGUGACGACAGCCACCUCUUCGCCGGCGUCCACUUCCUCCUCAUCGGUUUUGACAGCGUCUCCGUGUCCCAGAAAAUGGUACCUUUGAUGGGCGCACAAUUCUCCAAACCUUUGUUAGCACCCUCAGUCACUCAUCUGGUUUGGUAUAAAUUUGAAGGUGAGAAGUACAAGCGUGCCGAAAGGUUGGGCAUCAAGAUUGUUAAUCACCGGUGGUUGGAGGAUUGCUUAAAGUCAUGGAAAAUCCUUCCAGAAGAUGAUUAUAGCGAGAGUGGCUGGGGACUAGAGAUAAUGGAGGCACAAUCCAAGGAACGCCUCAAGUUCCCGAUUCGGGAGCGCAUCAAGUUCGCAAAUGGGAAGUAUGCCAUGAAGAAAUCAAAGAAGAGAAGCAGCAAGGUGCUCGCUGCAGCCCUGGCACUCCUGAACCACGCCCAUCCAGAGGUAGGCACCGACUUCUUGGCGUGCCAUGAUCUUCCUCCCGACAUCCAGGGACCAGACUGCCAAGUACGCCAAGGUCGCAAGAGCCUCUGUUGCCUCGUGCGUUAGCAAGCUCAAAGCAGACGAAGCCUGAUGAACAACUAAAGAUGGACCUUGUUUGCAGAUACACCCUGAACUUCUUUUGUUAGAAAAAAGGUUAUGAAAUCUUCAGAGAAAACCAGUGAAAAGAAGUCAAGGGCCAUCACCUGUCGUAGCGUUCUGUCCUUGCCCCUGCCUUUCAUCGGUGAAAUAUAUUCCAGAAAGCUUUCAGAAAUGACCUGGUAUCUUUCGCUCAUUGCAACCGGGAGGCACAAAAAGUGGCGUAACUUAUGAUUUAAAUUCUCCUAUGUAUUGGGAUGGGAUGAUGAUCCUUCUAGUAUUAUCCUAGCUUAUAUUGUGGACAAUGUAACAUUUGAAUUAAUUA